AUGGAAGGAGAACUGAAGGUUGGAGCGAGGAGGCGGCAACACUACGACUACGAAGUCUCCGAGGCGCUGCUGCCCGACGAAGUGCUGGUGCGGGUGUUCGAGUUUCUGCCCCUGGGCGGGAUCGUAGCCGCGCUGCACGUCUCCUGCCGCUGGCACGCCCUCGCGAGCGACCCUCGGGUGUGGAGGCGCCUGUGUCUCGAGCACGGCUUUCCCAAGAUCGACCGAAGCCUGGGCUGCCGCUGGAAGCUGUGGUUCAUGCGCAUGGCCACGCGUAUCGCGGUCACGACGCGCCGGCUGUGCCUGGAACGGGAGGGAGCAGUGUCCCUCAUCACCCGGGCCGAGGCCAGGCGCAGGGACUACGCCCACAACACCACCACAACCAUUCUGGUGGAGCGCGACGCCACUCUUCUCAGUCUGCUGCGCGCCAUUGGCAUGCAGCACUACACGGCGCCGCACAACAUCACGCUGUGGCGGAUCAACCACGAAAUGAGGCUUGAGCUGGUGACGGACGUCACCAGAAAGCUGUGGGAAGUCGGCAUCACGCAGGGCUCCGCGCUCGCCCACACCGAGCUGCCCGGCCUCACCCACGCCGCCUCCCUCUACGGCGGGUCCAUGGCGGACAUGCCUGCCGACCACCUGCUGGCCAUCCGCUUCGUCUGA